AUGGCUGAUACUCCUAAGAGAGAGAAUGAGAAAACUGGCUCAUCUUCAAAGCCUCUUCAUAACUUUACUCGUCCAUCUCUGAGUUGGGGCAAUCAGAGAAAGUUGCGCUGUGUGAGAACCCAGUCUUCCACCCCCUGCAAUGUACCCACUCUCUCUGCUGAUGUUCUUAGCCAACAAUCUAUAUCACCCAUCACUAUUUCUCGUCGAUCCCCAGCCAGGCCUGUGACCACUAACCCAAUUAGUCCCCCCAGAGCUGAUAAAGGAAAAUCUGCAAUCACCUCCACCACCUCUGACGGGUGCACGGAGGUAGUCAAAACUGUUAGUGGAAAGCUAUAUAAGGAUCUCGUUGUUUGCAUUGACGGUCAGAAAAUCCAUUUUGUUGAUGAGAAAAGGAAGGACAAAGUGAAGGAGCCAAAACCUGCAGAAGUUCGUUGGAAUCUGUGCAAUCGUGGGGGGAUGGGUAAGACAACAAAUGAGAGUGGUAAAACUAUUUGGCCUGUGUGGAUGAAUGACAGAGGGUAUAAGAGCUUGCUGGCAUCUGAUAAGGGGGAGGCCAGUGGUGAAAGGGAGCCACGAAGGAACAUAUUCUCAUUCCAACUUUCUGAAGCUGACAUUGAAGAGGAUUUUCUUGUGAUGACCGGGGCAAAGCCACCACGGAAGCCCAAGAAAAGAUCUAAGCCUAUUCAAAAGCAAAUUGAUGCACUGUUUCCUGGUGCCUGGCUCUCUGAGGUCUCUGCAGAAAGGUACAAGGUUCGCGAAAUGCCUGAACCAAAGGGUCAGUCCAGUUUAGAGUCUGCUUUCGGUCUUUCCAUUUCCCUUGUGUCGAAUCCAGUCUUUGGUUUGGUCAGUGUAAGUCUAGAGUCAGUUUGUCCUUUUAUUUCUGAACAAUAA